GCUUCCCCCAGGCUUGAAGAACUAGUGCAUGACUCUGGUCAGUACUAAGGCAGAGGAAUUUUAUUCGCACGGCUGAAUUUUAAACGGAGGUGAUCAUAGUAGCUGAGGGUUUGGGCGAGGGUGGAAGAUUGGAGGGGAUCGGAGGUGUUUUGGGUGAUGAGAGAGUCGAUUAUGUUGGAGAAGGAUUUUUUGGGGGUUGGUGGUUGGGAAGGGGUAGGAAGGGUGGAUUGGAGAGUGUGGGUAUAUUAGGAGGUUAUAAGGAGGGCUUGGAGGUGGUGAUAUGUGUAGGUGUCUUUUCUCAGGUCUUAUCUUGUGAUGAGAAAUUGUAGACAUAUUUUUCAGUAGUUUAAGAUGAAAAAUGAUUUUGUUCCAUUUAAAUUAUGAUUAAAUUUUACCAAAAUUAUCAUCCUUAAAUAUCUUUUAAGACCAAUUAAUUCUAAAAUUUGUAAUACCAGUAGAACAAUUAACUUCAUAAUAUUCUCUCGAAAAUACAUUAAAACUGUAUAUUUGAGACUUCUUGCUCAUCCAAACUCAAUUUUUCCUAAAAUCUGAAAUCCCUCUCCUUUCACGACCCCUAAUAUCUCAAAAUAUUCCCUCCUUCCCCAACUCUUAUCUUCUCUCUUCUUUUCCCUCACUAAGCCUCUCCAAUUACCCCAACUCCUCAAUACAAGUACGCUUCCUCGUCCUUCUCUCUUCCUGUUUUAGAAGCCAAUCCAUUCCUUAUUACUCUCUUUCAGUGCUAAGAUCCCUUCGCAGUCUUGAACCCUAGCAUA